UUAAUUUAACAAUCAAGAAUCACCAUACCACAGCACAUCAAUAAUUUGCCUACUUCUCUUAUCAUUACACCUUCUAUCUCUCAAUAUAAUUUCAAGAAUAUCUCAGUGUCUGUUGAAAACUCUUUUUCCAGUUGCAGUUGAAAAGGCCAAAGUCUUUGGUACUUUUUGAGCAAGAGUUACAGCAAACCUUUUGAGAUUUAUAGCUGAAAAGUUUUUGAGGGAAUUGAAGGGAGACAGAAUAAGAUGAAGAAUUCUGUCUCUGAACACAGUUUUUACAUAGAGAGCGACGAAGAGGACGAUAAUCAACAGGAGAAGCAAUUAGAUAAAGCUGAAAAUGGAGAUGGAAAUGAAUCUGAUAUAUCUAAUUACUCUAAUGAUGAUGAUGAUGAUGAUGAUAAUCAUAAUGAUCAGCUCGACAGCAAACCUAGUUCCUUCAACCCUGCUUGGCCUCAGAGUUACAGGCAAUCGAUGGAUAUAUACAGUAGUGUGCCCUCACCAACUCUUACCUUCCUGGGGACACCUUCGUUGACACGUUUAGGCAGUUCAUUCCUUGCCUCAUCACUCUCGAGGAGACAUACUCCUGACGUGUUGCCCUCUCUUCAUAAGCCUCUUAUACCGGAAGCAGAGGAUCAAGCACCACAGAGGCGUAGCUCUCAUACUUUAUUGCCUCCUCUUCCAUCAAGGAGAUCUGCGAUUAAGAAAUUUCCUGAUGAGAAAUCGGUUGCACAUGAAUUUCCAGUUUCCCGCCAAAGUUCCUAUGGCCAAGGCGUGCUAAACGGUAUUAAUGUCCUAUGUGGAGUAGGAAUACUUUCUACUCCUUAUGCUGUGAAGGAAGGUGGAUGGGCAGGGCUUUCUAUACUAUUCAUCUUCGGUAUCCUUUCUUACUAUACCGGCAUUCUCCUGAGAAUAUGCUUGGACAGUCAACCAGGGCUUGCAACUUACCCGGAUAUUGGUCAGGCAGCGUUUGGUACAGUGGGAAGAAUUGUCAUAUCAAUAAUUUUAUACGUGGAGUUAUAUUCCUGUUGCGUCGAAUACAUAAUUUUGGAGGGAGAUAAUCUGUCGGCUUUAUUUCCAAAUGCACAUUUAAAUUUGGGAGGGUACCAAUUAGAUGCACGGCAUCUCUUUGCUCUCAUAACCACUCUAGCUGUUCUUCCAACCGUUUGGCUGCGUGAUCUCACAGUUCUUAGUUACAUCUCAGCUGGAGGAGUUAUUGCUUCUGUGAUGGUUGUCAUUUGCUUGUACUGGCUUGGCUUAGUGGAUCACGUUGGCACUGAAAGCAAACAAACCGUACUGAACCUUUCUAGUCUUCCUGUUGCUGUUGGACUUUAUGGGUAUUGUUACUCCGGGCAUGCAGUGUUUCCCAAUAUAUACACAUCAUUGGAGAAACGUAGUCAAUUCCCUGCUGUUCUCUUUACCAGUUUUGUUAUUGUGACUGCGUUGUAUGCCGGAGCAGCUGUGAUGGGAUACAUGAUGUUUGGGGAUUCAGCUGAAUCCCAGUUUACUCUAAAUUUGCCCACAGAUUUAGUUGCCUCCAAGAUUGCAUUUUGGACCACGAUUGUUAAUCCGUUCACAAAAUAUGCUUUAACCAUGGCCCCUGUGGCUAUGAGUUUGGAGGAGUUGAUACCAUCGAACAACACCAAAUCCUACAUGUACAGUAUCCUCAUUAGAACAGCACUAGUGCUAUCCACAUUACUCGUGGCUCUUACAAUUCCUUUUUUUGGAUUUGUGAUGGCAUUGAUUGGAUCAUUCUUUACGAUGCUAGUUACAUUGAUUCUACCUUGUGCUUGCUUCUUGAGAAUUUUGAAGGGAAAAACGAGCCCCAUUCAGGUAUCAGCAUGUAUACUUAUUAUCACAAUAGGCGUCAUAUCAGCAGUUAUUGGGUCCUACUCAGCUCUCUCCAACAUCAUCCACAGUUUAUGAGUGAAAAAUCUGGCAAUACAACCAAUGGCCAUAGAUGUUUUCAAGCCUAAGAUUUAACAAAAUUCCAUUUUCUCAGAGGUUUCAGGCUUGUAAUUUCAAUGCAAUCAUUUUUUUUAAUCUUUGUUCCCAUAAUCUUUAAUCUUUUAUUGUGUUGAGAAGAAACUUUAUGUCAUUUGAUUGCAUGUUACUCAAAGCAUAUGGCUAUCUAUAGAGAAUACGUUUUUGCUGCAGCAAAGACUGCUUAA